GAGCUUUCCCGCCCCUUCCUCUGGUGAACGGCUCAUUGGAGCUUCGCGCAAGCUGCAGUGGCGGCAAGCCAAGCCGACCCUGUCAGUGACUGUUCACUGGCCGACCUGCCAAUGACUCCCUUCUCCACAAACCAAUCCCUGCCACCGACAGGCGGGCUUUCCCCUCCGUCUUCUCUCUCCCCCACAUCACAGGGAACUUUCAGUGCUGUCAGGAGCCGUUUUUAAUCCCCUCCUACCCUCUGUCCCUGAGCGUGAAAUGAUCAUUUUGCCUCAUCAUUCAGGGGAGAGAUUCUCACUGAGCUUCCAGGGUCUACUCCCACCUUUCAUGAUCCGCGUUUUGCUAAACGAUUCCACAGUUUAGGGACGUGUUCUAAAUCCGGCGCGCCAGCAGCGAAGGGAUCUAACUGGGAAAGCUGAGACUUGAUCCCCAGGGACUUAUUAUCUUUUUUAUUUUCCCGUGGAACGCUUUCCAUUGCAGCCAACUUUCAGCAGCAGCUCCAGCCCUCGCCCUGGAGCCAAUGACCUGAGACUAAAACACUGUCACUCGGUCCGAUGGGAAUCGGGCAAAUUAGCAUUUACGGUCUUAUCUCUUUCGAAGUAUCUGUGUAGAAAAGGCACCGGGAUUGUUUUCAUGUGUCAUUUACAGCUGCAUUUACAGACCGUGUGGAUGUUAUCUGGAGCGGACGGCAUGGCACGAUUCCCCUUGUGUUUGAACUCCGCAAUACUGGUGUUAAUUACUUGUGAUUUCCGCCUGGUGACAGCAAGACUCAUGGUGGUGGCAGGUAAGCCCAGACCAGAGUGAGCCCUUACUUAAUUUUCUGAGGCAAGUACAGGACAUAGCUUUGGAUUCGGCGGCUGCUACAUUGACGGAGGCGACGUUGGCAAGAUAGGCCCAGUGGUGAAAGAUGGCACCUGAGGAUCGGCUACUGGGUUGGGUCCGAUGCUGGAGAUGGUGAAGUGAUGGCAGAAGGGCAUCCUGGCAAGAUCAAAGUGGACACAACAGUGAAAGAUGCGACUGUGGUGUUGCUGAUAGACCACCUGCUCCUGUCAAUGUCACUGUCAGUCACCUGAAGGCCAACUCUGCCACUGUGUCCUGGGAUGUACCUGAAGGAGAUAUUAUCAUUGGUUAUGCCAUUUCACAAUUGAGGAAAGAUGGUCAGAUGCAAAGAUCUAUCCGUGAGGUGAAUACAACAAAUCGAGCUUGUGUGCUGUGGGAUUUGGAAGAAGACACAGAAUAUGUGAUUCAAGUUCAGUCGGUUGGUCUGAAUGGGGAAAGUCGGGCAAGCAAGCGUGUUCAGUUCAGAACUCUAAAGGAAACUGAUUGGGUGCCUUCAAAUAGCUCAAAUAAAGAUGACCCCACAGUCCAGGAAAUGAACUUGCCAUUGCAGACAGGAGAGAUGAUCAUUAUUGUGACUGUGCUGAUCAUGUGGGCAGCUGUUAUCGCUCUCUUCUGCAGACAAUACGACAUCAUUAAAGACAAUGACUCAAGCAAUAACAAGGAGAAGACCAAGCCCUCAUCAGAGCACAGCACGCCAGAGCAUCCAACUGGUGGAUUACUGCGCAGUAAGUUCCAAAAUAACACACCAUCAAUUAACAUCAUUGAAGUUUGAUUACUGCGGUACAGCUCUUCAGAUGGGACAAGAACGAACAGACUAAAGGAAAACCUGAUGAAUCCAUAUUUUACACCAGUUCCAUUAACACCAGUUCUUUAUGCUUGAAAGCAUGUCAUAGCCAAGGCUUCCUUUCCUCAAAGGACCUGCAUGGAUAUUAAGGCCGUACAUGGGGAAUUCCUUCUUCAGCAUAAAGGGCCAACAAAGGUGACCCGUGCAAAUGAUAUCCAGAGACAUGCAGUAUUGGCUAAGAUCUACAUGAAGACUGCAAACAUCAGAGCACCCUACUCCAUAAAGAUCCCAUUCUCAUUAUUUGGUUUACCAAUCUAAGAUUCUUUGUCAAGAGUGCGGUAGACCGACAUGAUGGUCAGCUCAGGAACUCAACACCUGGAAAGCACUCAAUUAUGAAAUAGCAUGGUUCCAGAUAUGCACUCAGUGAAUUUCCAUGCACCUAAUAGACUGAACAGGUGAGGAAGCACCAGCAAGCUGACCAAGAAGAUUUUGUAAAUGUGUCAGUGAUACUCAAAUGGAUCUGUCCAACUUGGAAGAAACUCUUGAGUUGAGAUUCUAAAUAUCAGAUUAUACAGAACAUUUCUUGUUUUGGCAACAGUACACACUGGUUUAUUUUUCCUUUGUUUUGGAAUUCAACACACAUUAUAUAUGGAGAAUUAGUUUGAUUCUCAUUAGUUCCAUUGAAGUCAAAAACAUCUUUAAUUACAUUCAUGUUUGAACUGUUAUAUUGAUUCAUAAUAUUUCUGACAGGAAGAUUAACUCUAAAAGGUGAAGAGAACUCCCUUAAUUAAUAGAGUUAGUACUCCUAUUCAUACCUAGCAAUUGAGGUUCAAGUAUUCAUUUUAAAACAGCACCUUGCAUAAUCAUACAGUUGUACUUCGAAAUAGUAGAGUUGAAUGAGGAUCUUCUCAAUGUUGGGGGAUCUUUUGAUGCUGUGUGGUUCAAGAAGGAAGGCCACUGAGCUGCUUAAAUGCCACUCUGUAGAAGCGGAAAUUCCUCAUGUUAAAGGCAGAGUCAAAGGUAGAAACAUCCUCUGCAAGAGAUGAAGUGCCUGACGUUGAGAAUCAUUUUGCCUGCCAUGCUUCUAGCAAUGCAAAAUGUGUGACUGGAAUAGCACAUAAAGCUGGCAUUACAGUUCUAAACUUCAACUAUCAUAAUUUAUUUAUGAUUUUCUCCUCUGGUUCUGUUUUUUUCAUGUUUUCCUGAUAUAUCUGCUAUUUUGUGACAAAGAGCAGUCUCAGGAAACUGUUACAUUUUGUUUUGUAACUCGAUUCACCAGGGAAAUUGCCCUCUGCUUUUUCUCCCCAGGCCCACCUGUGUGAUAGGGACUGAAUCUGGGCUAUGCAUAUACCUGACAGUCAGGGUAGUAUAAUUGACUGAGCGGCUGGAUUGUGAUACAGAGUGGAGGUUCAAUUCCCACACCGGCUGAUGGUACCAUGAAGGACUCUUUCUCAACCUCUCCCUUUGCUUGAGGUGUGGUGAUUCUCAGGUUAUCCCUACCAAUCAUCUAUCUCUAAUGAGAGAGAAGGCCUACUUUACCUUUACCUGGCAACAUUGGUUAUAUCAGAAUGACAUGGAGAUCAAUUUUCUAUGAUAUCCUAGUGCAGGCAUUGAGUCAUCUGUGACAUUUAUCAACAUUAAGCCAAUAUUAGAUGGAGAUAGUAAGUACCAUAACGGAACAAGGCUGGUGCACGAGAUAUUUAAUAACUCCUGGCUUAUAGUCCAUGCCAUGAGAUGCUCUGUAAAUUCAUUGGUUAUGUUUUUCUUUUAUCUUCAGCAGUCCCAACAGACAAUAUUGCUUUGGAGCAAGUGGUAAAUAUUGAAAUUGACAAGAUGCAUUAUUGACGUGUAAAAGGCUUGUAUUGGAUCAUCUGCUUAUGAGAAAUUUAUUUUUCAAAUGUAUUUUUCAAAUUUAUUUUCAUGGAGAUAAUAUCCCAUUAAUGUUUUUCAUCCUUUAUUGAUUAAUUGAGACAUGAACUUUCUCACUGAACGUUGUACCAUAUUGAUACACUGGUGUAGACUAAUUUACACAAAGGAGAUGAGUGCCCACUACAGUAAUUCUUUAUUUUACAUUUGAAUAAACAUCCCCAAAGGUGGCAUUUAUGACAAAUGUUCCCACUGAAAUUGAGUGGAAAAAUAAAGACCAUUCAUCUUCUUACUGUAGGCCAGAGCUCACCAGUAAUCUCUCCCCCAUUUCAAGCAAAUAUGGUAUAUUGAAUAUACCACAUUAUUAGCUGAAAAGUGGAAAACAUUUAAACAUGCAUGGUAUGAAUUCAGUUCAGACUUUGAUUACACACUUUAUUUUUUUCCAAAUAUAACUUAUAAACGUAAUUCAAAAUUGCCCGAGCUCUUCAUUGAACAUUGAGAACACCAAGAAUCACCUGCAGAUCUAUGCAUCUAAUCCUCAAGUGGGCAUUCUUGUACAGUGAGAUUCCAGCUGAGAACAGAGCCUCGUAUUUAUCUAAGCUAUCUUCAAUUAAAUCCUAUUCAUUACCUUCAUCAAUGCCAUACGAUUGCAGCAUACGUGAUGUUUACAUAUUUGUUUUUAUUUUUAAACGCUGUUAAUGAAGAAUUUGGAUAGUGCCUAUCCAAUAGAUUUCCAGUCUUCCACAAUUAAAAGUUAGAGGCCCUGAAAUUCCUGAGUGAUUUUUAUUUACAGCUAUUUACAGCAUCUCUUGAGGAAAUUAUACCAGAAACAUGAUAGACAGUCAAUGGUAGCCAAAUGGUGCAUCCAGGCUAGGCUAUUUAGGAAUCUUCACGGUAACUGCAAUGUGCCUUUUGAAAAGUGUCCUGAUCUUGCUGAAGAAAUUAGGUAGUAAUGUACACAGGGGAUGUUCUCAAAGGGCUAAAUAGACUUCUUGAUCCAAAAAGCUGGAUUAAUAUUCAGUUAUUUUUUGUGCCUGUCUGAUAUCACAUAUAUCUAAAAUACUUUCCUUUUCACUUUUAGUCACAUAUUAAGAUUAAAUCUUAUGCAUGCAAUGAGAGAGAUGGGGUAGAUUGACCACUGGUUUGAGCGUGAGUGAGCCUUUUGCUUGCUGUUGGGUUAAUGCCAGCAGUAGUGGAAUGAAUCCUUUCAGCAAUCAUUAUUUGCCCUCUUCGAAGCCUCAUUUAUAGUAGCAGGGCAGGGAAAGCCUGCCAUGGGCAUUGGACAAUCAGAAUGGAAGUAGGAAAGUGAUAGAGACCUCAGCUGCCACCCUCCAGUCUGAUUAAAUGCCUCUAUCACCAUAUUCACCACCAAUAUGGGCAGAAGAUUCUCCCCUAAUUUCUUUUCAGUUUGUAAAUUAAAGUACAUAUCUUGUAAUAGUUUUUUUUAAAAAUGAACUGUAGCUCAAGAGAUAUGUAUGGGCAUAGAUGUUGUUCCUGUCCUGUGGAGUUGCAUUUAUUAUUAGAUCAGCUUGGAACAGGUUAAAAAGAUUAACAGUUAUUUUAUUAUUUUAUUUUCACUGCCGCAUGUGAUUAUCGCCCUCAUAUUUUAUUCUCAAAAUAGUAUCCAGCAAUCAAUGUUUUUCUUCGAGGGAAAAAUAUUUCCCAAUGUACUUGUUCUCGGUAUACUUGAAUGUGAUCAAAGUAACAGUGUGUAAAAGCAUUUAGAAGCCUUUUUUAAAUUCAGAAUCCAGCCACAAAAUGAUCCCAGUUACCACCAUUUGCUAAACCUGGGAAGAUAUGUUUGGCUUCUUUUCUCUCCUUUUAUAUUUUAAAAUAAAUGAAGUGAUCAUGGUAGGAUUGUGCAUAUACUGGCAAAUUGUCUGAUGUUAGGUAUUGGUCAGCCAUUAGAUAAUGGUAUGCCUUUCAACACCUGUCUGCACCAAUAUUAUGUCAUUACCAGGAAGCCACUAUUACCUUUUGUAAAAAUCCAUCAGAUUCACUAAUAUCCUUCAGUGAAGGAAAAUCUGCCAUCCUCACCUGGUCUGAUCCACUCUAGACCCACAAUAAUCUGUUUACCUCUUAACUAUGCUCUGAAAUGAUCUAAAAAGCCACACAGUUCAAGGGCAAUCAGAGACGGACAACCAAUGCUGUCAGCACUACCACAUCCAGGGAAAAUAUAAUUUUGGAGAGAGGUUAGCAUACCUGUGACUCAUUUUCUACAAAGGGCUAUAAGGAAACAACCUUAAAACAAUUUUAUUUUUCUAGUUUGGUGGACUUGAACUUGAACCCUCCAAGUAAAGCCUUCACCUUUCCUUUGGACCAGCUUCUUGCCACAAUAAGCUUACCAGCUGCCAGUCGUGAGAGAACAGGAAGAAGUGUUCUCACUUCAGUUGUCACUGUUCAUUUUGUCAGAAUUCCUCUGUUCCAAAUUGGAGCAGCUAGGUUGAAGGAUAAACACCCCAAUCUAUUUUCUGUCCCACUUCUUCUGAAAUUGUGCUGGGUGUGUUUACUGAAAAGGACUGAGGAUAUUCAGCCUUCACAGUAGUUUUCUCUACUUUAAUAUCAUACAGGAAAACCUCAAACAUUAAUACUCUCAAUGCUCUUGAACUGUGUGGCAUUUUAGGUCAUUUCAGAGCAUAGUUAAAAGGUAAACAGAUUAUUGUGGGUCUAGAGACCUUACCAAAUGUGAGAGCAUUUAAAUUUGAUGGAAAUAAAAAUCGAGAGAGAUUCAAAACUGGCUGCUGACUUUUUGCCACAAGGUCACUCAAAUGACUCAAAGAGAAGACCAACCUCUGUUAGUUCACAGAAUGCAGGUUUGUUCUUCACCUAAAAGUAUUCAAGUUAUUUAGAAAUAAAAACAGGAGAAACUCAACUGGUCGCACAGCAUCUGCUGAGAGAAAAACAGAAAUAGUGUUUUGAAUCCUGUAUGAUCCUUCUUUCGAAUCUGAGACCCUUUUUAGAGUCCUUUGGUGAUCAUUGCACACUGCAGACCUACAGAAUUACUGUUUCAGUGUUCUUAUGGACAACUGGACUCAGUGAAGUAAAAUAUCCUUUUCUUAUUGCUAGCUUCCCUUUUGCAUCAUUAUCCACAAACCUGAAUUUUCAGCUCACAGGUCUGAUCUCACUGUGGUCCUAUUCCAAGUCCCAACAGAGUCAGAAAUAUUAAGAGUCAACGCCAGUAUUCACUGAGUAUAUGAAGAAUAGCAACCACCUGAGAAAUUAAACAGCAAUGUGGAUUAUUGCAUUCAGGAUUGGAGAAUGGAAGGUAAUUAAAAUGGAAAGAAACAUAUAAAUCUAGGCAAGAAGUUUAAAUAGUGGUUAUCACACCGUUAGACUAUUCCAUCAACAGUUACACCUAUUUUGAAGUAACAUCACAAUAAGAUAAAUUGUAGUUUUGGAGGUAAAGGGUAAACACUGAUUAUAGCACCAAGGGCACCUGCUCCACUUCAAAAGUAUCAAGGGAUUAUUUAUAUUCAUCACAGACAGUGCAAUCAUUCAACUGAAGGACACAAAAGCAUGCACAAAUGUCAGCUACUAAUGCAUAUUUUAAUCUUGAAAAUGAUCCUGGAAACAUAACUAUCUAUUGCUGAAGCAGGAAUUUUAUUGUUGUAUUGAGCAAGGUUGGCAUUUGAAGGCUUAGAGAAUUUAACAGGUAAUCAUGGGCCUUUGAGAAACUUAAUAGCUUCAAUAAGGCAGGGACACAUUUAGUGAGCCCUCUUGCAAUCCUGGUGGGUGGGGGGAGCAUGCAAGAAAACAUGUGGACUUCUCAGAAUCACAGAAUUAUAAUGGUGCAGAAGGUGGCCACUCUGCCCAUCGUCCUUGCACAUGCUCUAUUAUCUAGUGCCGAUUGUCCACCUUUUGCCCAUAUCACGGUGCACUAUUACUGUCCAAAUAAUCAUCCAGUAUCCUCUUGAAUGUCUAAAUCAAUCCUGUCUCCUCCACAUUCCCAGGCAAUGCAUUCCAUAAUCUAUGGAGGAUAGUGGGCUAGUGUAGGUUAGGUGGACUUGGAUCGGCGC